GAAUUUCGUUCGUCCCUCGGGAUCGCAUCAUUAUAAAGAUUUUUACUUUUCAACUUCCCCUCCCGUCCCGUAUGAAUGCAUGUUUGUAGUCCCUCUCAAGUUGUCUCCUGAAACUAUCAGAAGAUAAUAAGCGAUCAUACAGUGGAGGAGUGAUUAAUAGAAGCUUUGGAGAUGGAAUCUGGUCAAUGGUGCGUAGAGAAAAGGGGUUCGUUUAGGAAUGAAUCUUUUAGGGACAAUGACAAUGUCCCAGAAACUGGGUGUCUCUCCAUCAUUGUUCUUGGUGCUUCUGGUGAUCUUGCUAAGAAGAAGACUUUCCCAGCACUUUUCAACCUCUAUCGCCAGGGGUUCUUGCAAUCUAAUGAAGUUCACAUUUUUGGGUAUGCAAGGUCCAAAAUUUCAAAUAAUGACUUGAAAGAAAGGAUCCAUGGGUAUCUUUCUCAAGGGAAAGAGAAUGCUGAAGAAGUUUCGGAUUUUCUGCAAUUGAUUGAAUAUAUAAGUGGUGGUUAUGACUCUGAGGAGGGUUUCCAGACAUUAGAUAAGGCAAUUUAUGAGCACGAAAUAUCAAGAAACAGCACAGAGGGAUCUGCUAGAAGACUCUUCUACCUUGCACUUCCUCCUUCAGUAUACCCACCUGUUUGCAGAAUGAUAAAAUCUUAUUGCAUGAAUAAAUCUGAUUUGGGUGGAUGGACACGCAUUGUUGUUGAGAAGCCCUUUGGCAAGGAUUUGGCUUCAUCUGAGGAACUUAGUGCCCAAAUAGGAGAAUUAUUUGAUGAACCACAAAUUUAUCGUAUUGACCAUUACUUGGGGAAGGAGUUGGUUCAGAACUUGUUGGUGCUUCGCUUUGCGAAUCGUUUCUUUUUGCCACUUUGGAAUCGUGACAACAUUGCUAAUGUACAGAUUGUAUUCAGAGAGGAUUUUGGAACUGAUGGCCGUGGUGGAUAUUUUGAUGAAUAUGGGAUUAUACGUGACAUUAUUCAGAACCAUCUCUUGCAGGUCUUUUGCCUUGUUGCUAUGGAGAAGCCUAUUUCUCUUAAACCUGAGCACAUACGAGAUGAGAAAGUGAAGGUUCUUCAAUCGGUGGUUCCCAUUAAAGAUGAAGAGGUUAUUCUUGGACAAUAUGAAGGCUAUAGGGAUGAUCCCACUGUUCCCGACAACUCAAACACUCCAACUUUUGCGACCAUGGUUCUGCGCAUACACAAUGAACGAUGGGAAGGUGUGCCCUUUAUACUUAAGGCAGGAAAAGCACUUAGUUCAAGAAAAGCAGAAAUUCGGGUCCAAUUUAAGGAUGUCCCCGGUGAUAUAUUCAAAUGUCAAAAGCGUGGGAGGAAUGAAUUUGUCAUACGCCUCCAACCAUCAGAAGCGAUGUAUAUGAAACUCAUGGUCAAGCAACCUGGGCUAGAAAUGUCGACUGCCCAGAGCGAACUAGACUUGUCAUAUAGGCAACGAUAUCAAGGGGUUACCAUUCCAGAGGCAUAUGAGCGUCUAAUUCUUGACACAAUACGAGGGGAUCAGCAGCACUUUGUUCGCAGGGAUGAGUUGAAGGUGGCUUGGGAAAUCUUCACCCCGCUCCUGCACAGGAUAGACGAUGGAGAGUUGAAGCCGAUCCCUUACAAGCCAGGCAGCCGAGGGCCUGUAGAAGCAGAUGAGUUGUUGCGAAAGGCGGGCUAUGUUCAGACCCAUGGCUACAUUUGGAUCCCUCCAACCUUAUAGAAUUCCAGUUCUAGUAUUAAUUAAACACAACACACUUUAUAAUAGUUUCUGCUACAAGCCAACAAUCUUCUAUAUGUAAUAUGUGGCUGCCUACCCCUACCAAGUAAACAGAACAACUCUUUUUGUAUCCAAUGAGUAAUAAUAAAUAAAUAAGCAUCCUGACUUUUUGUUAGGUUUUUGCUUGAUUUCU